AUGUCGGCACCUGGGCCGGUCACUCUUUUUCAAGGUAAGUUCAAGCUGAGCCGCCUCUUGGGCAAGGGAGGUUUCGGAGAGGUCUAUGCUGGCGUGCAGGUCUCGACGGGAGAACCCGUGGCGGUAAAACUUGAACGCAUCAAGGGCCGUUGCUUUCUCUUUCAUGAGGCCCGCGUGAUGCAGGACAUUCAGAACUCCACACCCAAUCGUGCCGCUCCAGGCAUUCCGGAACUCAAGUAUUUUGGUCAAGAAGGAGAUUUUAGAAUUCUCAUCAUGUCUAUGCACGGGCCAUCAUUAGAGGACCUCCACGCAAACCUUGGACGAUUCUCCCUAAAAACGACGGUGAUGCUUUCGGAUGAAAUGAUAUCACGCCUGGAGUUUCUCCACUCCGUUGGGUAUAUACACCGUGACUUGAAACCAGAUAAUUUUCUGUUGGGUGUGGGGAAGCUUGCACGCCACAUCUACUUGAUUGACUUGGGCCUCAGCAUUCGGCAUCGCUCCUCGGAUGGGGUACACCGCGAGAUGGCGACUGGUAAGAGCUUCGUCGGUACCUCACGGUACGCAUCCUUGCGCACACAUCAAGGCUUCUCGCAGAGCCGCCGCGAUGACAUGGAGCAGCUGGUGUACGUUCUUAUCUACCUCUACCGGGGCCACCUCCCUUGGUCAGGACUGCAAAUCAAGGAUCGUGAGGCGAAGGAGAAAGCCAUUGGCGAAAUCAAGCAAAAGUUAACAGCCGCUCAAAUAUGUUCCAAAUGUCCCCGACAAUUUGAAGAUCUUUUAAUUUAUGCUCGCAAGAUGGAAUACACCGAGGGUCCGCAAUAUGAGAUGUGUCGGAUACUCAUGUCGUCUGUUUUUGGCGCCAUUGGACCAAAUGUGAAGCACGACUACCAGUACGACUGGGUGACUGUAAGGAUGAAGGAGAAUGAUUCCCAUUACUUCAUCCCCGAAACGAAGACAGGAGAUAACAAGGUCAACGUAAAGAAAGAGAGUGAGCCAAAUGAAAAGGAUAUACUGUUGAGCAGUGCAAAGGCGCAAGUCGUGUUCUCUGGUUUCGCCUCGAGAACAUCUCAAAAGGCCGCUUUGGUAAACGAAAAGUGA